AUGGAGCUGCUGGAAGAAGCGGAUGCAAAAAGUCAACCACAUAAUUAUGAAAAGGAGCCAAUGGAUGAGCCCGCCAAAUAUGUGGGAGGACCAUACGACGUCUAUUUAAGGGUAAACUAUUUCCCUUUCAUAGACAUCCCGCCUGGAAAGCUUUUGCAUGCACAACAUCGACAAUGGCACGGCAGUCCCACCGCCAUGAUCAUGCACGCUAUGCGAAAUUUGACCCGCGGUGACGGUUGGAUGACGAUGAGCCGGCUGAUCAAAAGACAACUCGACGAGCUCCAGUAUCUGUGGUCCAGGGAACCAGAAGCCAAGGCCUCAUCUUUACCGAUGAUAUCUAACCCGAGUUCUACAUCUUCGCCUCGGACAACAGACAAACCGGCAUCCGGCCAAAAAUCAGGCCCAGAGGAUGUACGUAAGGAAACAAGCCACCGCGAGGUUUCUUGGCAGUGGGGUCCAGCAUCAUCUUCAAAUGAUGCGAUUUUAUUGCUAAGUAACGUCGAAGAGCGAUGCAGAGUCCGCAGAGAAUCUCAAUCAAGUAGAGACUAA